AUGGCCGCUACUUAUUUGAUCCAUGAUUUCAAUUCGAGCAGGAAAGACUGGAAAAUAAAAGUUCGUGUUUCGCGCUUGAUUGAUGUGGUGAAUUUCCGCAAACAAAAUAGUUUAAUUAGUUUGGACAUGGUGCUCAUCGAAGAAGAGGGUGAUUAUGUGCAUGCCUCAAUUAAAUCAAAUUUUGUCCAGCACUUUCGUCCAAAAUUAACUGAGGGAAAAAUCUAUACAAUCAGAUAUUUUUCGGUCCAACCUAAUAAGGAACAAUAUCGUAUUGUUGGCGACAAUAAGAUAAUGAUACAGUUUUUUCAAAAUACCGUUGUUAGGGCCGUUGGGAAUAUAGAUAAGAUCCCAAUGCAUCGAUUUGAUUGUGUACAGUUACAACACUUGAAUAAGUUUUUGUUAAAAACUACUCACUUCCUGGUAUAUGUCGUUGGUAUGGUUGUGAUUGAAGUUGGAGAUUCUAUCGAAAUAGAAGACCAAUGGGGACAACGAGCCCAAUUAAAAAUUUGGAGCAACUGUUUUGCUGAAUAUUCCCAACAAAAAACCCAAUUUGGUGAUUCUACUAAGCCUUUUGUUGUAGUUGUUACGUCUAUCAUGGUAAAAGAAUUUUUAGGUAAAAUUAAUCUAACCACUUCACCAUCAACCAAGAUAUAUAUAAAUCUUUAUGUUCCGGAGGUUCGUAAAUUGAAAGACAUAUGGAGUGAAAAGUUAGAAACUACAACUAUUGGACAACUUGAAGUACAACGUACUGGUGUGACACCAGAAGAAAUUAUCCCUAAAACAAUUGAUAUCUCUACUCUCAUCGAUCAUAUCCAGAAAACUGUUGAAAAGGAUUUAAUCUUCUACUGUAAGACUAAAGUUACUAAAAUCAUGGGUGAAAAUAGCUGGUAUUAUAUCUCAUGCCCGGGUUGUAAAAAACGCGUCACUCCAAGAUUAAAAGACUUUUAUUGCAUCACUUGCGAGAAAUCUAUUGAAAGGCCAAUACCAAGGUACCGUAUAGAACUUGGAGUUGAUGAUCACACUGGAUCAACAAUAUUUGUUUUAUUUGAUGAAGUAGCUAAGAAUUUAAUUGGACAAGACGCAAGUGCUCUUUUUGAGGCUCAUAUCUAUCAAAAGGCUAAUGAAAAAUAUGACGAUAGCGACAAUGAGGAUGAUACAGAAAUACCAAAACUGAUUGAAAAUAUCAUAGGGAGAGAAUUCGUUUUUAAAGUUAAAAUCACUGCUUUUAACCGUAAAACAGCGCGACAAAGUUUCACAGACAAGGAAGAUACACCAAAAGACAAGGAAGUCAUACCUACAGAAAUUGGAAAACGUCUUCAUGAUAAUGUUGACUCGGAUGAUGACGAUUCUAUCAAUCAAACAUCAAAAAAGUCAAAGGUUUAA